CUCCGCAGCCUCCGCCUCCCCCGCCCAGCCUGGGAGCUCCCGGGCAGCCUGGCGGUGGCAGCGGGGUGGUGGAGGUGUACAGUGCCCCUGCUCCCAUGGCAGCAUCCAGCACCGUGGAGAUCCAGACCCUGGGCAUGCAGCCCUACCCACCCAUGGAGGUACCAAGCCAGUGUGUGGAAAGCCCUGUGUACCCCUCUCCCCCUGUGUACAGCCCUGGAAAGCAGGGGUUCAAGGCCAAGAGCACCAGUGCUCCCACCCCCCUGAGCAGUGCAGGAGGAGGCUCUGUGGUUGGCUUUGAUUCCCCUGCUGCUGCCAAAACUCGCCGCUGCAAGAAUGAGAGUGGGCUGCAGGAAGGCAAACCCAAGUCCCCCAAGUUGAAAUGCACAUACUGUGACAAGGCCUUUACCAAGAACUUCGACCUGCAGCAGCACAUCAGGAGUCACACAGGUGAGAAGCCCUUUCAGUGCAUCGUGUGUGGCCGAGCUUUUGCCCAGAAGUCCAACGUGAAGAAGCACAUGCAGACCCAUAAAGUGUGGCCUCCAGGGCUGGGCUGCACCAUCUCCCGCAACUCCAUCACUGUGCAGGUCAUGGCCCUGAACCCCAACCAGCCUGAGGAUGAGGAGAACACAGGAUUGUCCCAGCCCUCCAGGAACGUGGUGCCCCCACCCCAGGACCUGAGCCCCUUGGAGGAGAGCGAGGCAGGCAAGCUGGAGGCCAAGCAGGUUGUCCUGAUUGACAGCUCUUACCAGUGCCAGUUCUGCCCCAGCAAGUUCAACACCUACUUCCAGCUCAAAUCACACAUGACACAGCACAAGAAUGAGCAGGUGUACAAAUGUGUGGUGAAGACGUGUGCCCAGACCUUCCAGAAGCUGGAGUCCUUCCUUGAGCACAUCAAGAGCCACCAGGAGGAGCUGAGUUACCGCUGCCACCUCUGCAGCAAGGACUUCCCCUCGCUGUACGAGCUGGGUGUGCACCAGUACUCGCACAGCCUGCUGCCCCAGCACAGCCCCAAGAAGGACAUGGCCGUGUACAAGUGUGUGAAGUGUGUCAAUAAAUACUCCACCCCAGAAGCCCUGGAGCACCAUCUGCAGACAGCAACGCACAACUUCCCCUGCCCUCACUGCCAGAAGGUGUUCCCCUGCGAGCGGUACCUGCGCCGCCACAUCCCCACGCACGGCGGGGGCAGCAAGUUCAAGUGCCAGAUCUGCAAGAAGUUCUUCCGGCGGGAGCACUACCUCAAGCUGCACGCCCACAUCCACUCGGGUGAGAAGCCCUUCAAGUGCUCGGUGUGUGACGCAGCGUUCAAUCGCAAGGACAAGCUCAAGCGCCACAUGCUCAUCCACGAGCCCUUCAAGAAAUACAAAUGCCCCUUCUCAAGCCACACAGGCUGCAAUAAAGAAUUCAACAGGCCUGACAAGCUGAAGGCUCACAUUCUGUCCCAUUCAGGGAUGAAGAUCCACAAGUGCCAGUACUGUAACAAGUCCUUCAGCCGCCGCGCCCACAUGGUGGAGCACCAGCGCUCGCACACCGGCAACUACAAAUACCGCUGCCCCACGUGCAGCAAGGGCUUCACACGCCACAAGUACAUGAGGGACCACAAGUGCCGCCUGGGCUCGCCCAAGGACAAGGAGCUGCAGCUCAGGAAGGCCCAGAAGAAGCGGGUGGCGCGGGGGCGCAAGGCAGGGCUGGCACUGCCCGGAGCGCUGGGGCUGCCAGAGCUCAAGGACAGCGCUGCUGGGGAGAGCCCACCCGAGGGGGGCCCCAACAAAGAGCCCUUCCAGGAGUCAGACGCCGUCUUGUCCAUCGUGGUUGGCGGGUCAGGAGCUGCUGACUCGGAGCUGGUCCCUGGGCAGCCCAACAGCAUGGCCUCCAACCUGGCCCUGGCAGAGCUGCAGACGGCCUCGGACGGGCCCUGCACCAUGCUGGCUGUCCCCGUGUACAUCCAGACCUCGGAGUGACAAUGCCCAGAGCCACUGUGUGGCUAGGGGUGCUGCUGGCACUGUCUGACUUGGUGCUCAAAUUUAUCCCCGUGGAAAAGACCAAAGCUCUUCUGGGGAGGUGGAUAUGGGAGAGAAUGGCUUCCGUCUCCACUGGUUCUUCCCAUCUUUGGCCAGAGGACUGCUUGGAGGCCACUGAUGCCUACAAGGCACUGAAGAGAGUGGCUCCGUUAUUUCUUGUCCCUCUGCACCACGGGUCAGCUUAGGGCAAGAAAGACAAAGAUCCCUGAAUCAGGGCAAGAAGAAGGACCAUGCAAACUUGGAACAAACAGAGCUGCUGAAAUCAGGUGGCUUUGCAAAUCACAGCCUGUCCCAUCUGUGGUUUUUCUGGCCUAAAAGCUGUAUUGCCCAGUAUUUGGGUGGCCCUUCUGAGAGCAAACAUCCUUCCUAGUGGAAGCAAGUUCAUCCUGAGAUCCUUUGGGAACACUGUUCAGAAAUACCCUGAUAGACUUCUGUCUGGUAUCUUCUCUCUGUCUGUCUCAGUAGAAAGAUCACCGUGUCUGUACUACACGUUAUAAACACCCUGGACCUCAUGUGUGGA